UGAGUGGAGGGUUAAGGCGGGUGCGUGCGCGCGCGCGGCCGUGGAGUGAUGUUUCUGUUUUUCGCGUCUGUUAAACAAAUAGAUGAUCGUGUCUGAAAGGAUCGUUGGAUGAUCAUUUUCCUCAGUUUAGUCACUAAUUGCAUGUCGCGCGACUCGGAAGGCGGGAAAAUCGGUUCAGUGAUUUUGGAUUUCGAAUACGCAAGCGCCAGAGGUUUAGUGCAGAUCGACGCAGCGUUCCGGAAGUUCCGUCGAGAGGAAGACAAUGUUACCGUACAGUUCGUAUGCCGCCGCGUUAGAUCAAAUUCAUAGUAUCAAUCAGGAGUUAUCGCUGUUCGCACAAAAUGGACGAUACUUUCCGAUGGAAGCAGGUGCCAGUGCUGGGUUCCCAGGUUCAGCAUAUUUUGGAUUAAAUCAGUGGUCGCUGCCGUUUUCAUUUCUGAAGGCGGCCCAUCGCCCGGAAAAACCGCCUUUCUCCUACAUUGCACUGAUUGCGAUGGCAAUCAGUAGUGCACCGAAUCAGCGGUUAACGCUCAGCGGGAUCUACAAAUACAUCAUGGAUAACUUCCCGUACUACCGCGAGAACAAACAAGGCUGGCAAAACUCCAUCCGGCACAACCUUUCGCUGAACGAUUGCUUCAUCAAGGUACCCCGGGACAAAUCGGCGUCAUCGUCGUCCGGUGGCAAACCGUCCACUGCUGGUGCCGGUGGCGAUGGUGCAGAUUCCAACGAUGGCAACAGCAGUGGAAUCGGCGGUGGCAAAGGCAGCUACUGGAUGCUGGACCCGUCGGCAAACGAUAUGUUCGAGCAGGGCAAUUACCGCCGACGGAGAACGCGCCGGCAGCGAAACGCGAAAAUGAUCCUGAAUGGCCAUUUUCAGGCAUCACCAUUUGCGAUGGCGUUCCCUUCGUCAGCUGCGAUGGCCACGGCGGAAUUCAUUAAAACAACAGCAUCCACAAACGAUUUCCAUCAUCUGAUAGGCGGCCACAAUUUGGAGGCAGUCGCACCAAACUGCUACCCCGCGGCAACGGCAACGGUGCUCGGUGGAAACGCUGGCCAUUCGGUGCUGUCGCUACCGCCGAGCUCUUCAUCAUUACCUGGCGGGCUGCUGCCGAUUGCCACAUCGCCGUGUCCUUCGUCGAACUCGACGUGCUCUUCGCCAUCGCAGCAGAAUUACCUUCAUCACCACCAGCACCAACAGCAGCAGCUACACUAUCAACUUCAGCAUCACGAGCAACAAUCAGCUUCAGGUGGUCCAAUUUCGACAAAUGAAGACAUAAAACGAGAUUUUGAUGAAGCAACCGAUAGCGGCAGUCUAACGAGCUUCCCUGCGGUGGUCCUGCUGGACUACGGUGAAUCCUUAGCCGCCAUGCAGUCCACUGCCGCAGCCAAGCCGCCCGAUAAUUAUUUAGAAAAUUUUCAAUCGAAUUUUCCCUCGUUGGAUGCAUUCCUGGGUGAGCUGGGCGAGUUGAAGGUAAAAACCUCAACGACGACGACGACGACUAGCACCACGGGAGGCCAUUUGAACGUUGACGACGACAUCGCCGAGGACUGCAGCCACCAGUACCACUUUGGCCACCGUGGCCAACGACCGGAAGGAUACGAUGAGCGGAGUAUUGUAAACAGCUCACCGCAAAUGGAACCACAACAAAAACAGACACCGGUAGAAGUUGGCAGUACUUCCGGAACUGCCGUUGCCACCAGCAUGGGGUCGGUUUGUGCUGCUAGUGCUGCUGUCAGACCGAAGAAGACCAGUGGUUUAAAGUCGAGUAAUUUUACCAUUGAAAGUAUUAUGCGAAAGCACUAGUGAGUGAGUGGGGAGCAUUGCAUCGCCACAGGGGGCACGCUCGCCGGUGCAGUGGAGCAUUUUCAGUCAGGUGCCAUAACAAAUUUUCCGAGUAGGCUAAGCGAGUAAUAAACUAGUCAGGGCUUUGUAUUUAUUUUUGGUAUGCGACGAAUAAAGUGGAUAUAGUACGUGAA